UCGGCCCUUCGCUGCUCUCUGGGCCUCUUUUAUUGUUUGUUAUUAUUAAUAUAUUUUUAUAUCUUGAUUUUCCCCCUCUUAAAAAAAAACCCAGACUUUUCUUAUUUUUUUCCCCAUCUCCUCCCUCCAAAGCUUUUUUUUCUUCCUGCCUUUCCGCGGAGAGCGUUGGGAGGCAAAAACCAAGAGCCGAAGAGGCCGGGAGGGAGAAGGGGGCGGGGAGACGACGAGGGAGCGGCGGGUGUCGGUGCGGGAAGGCGGGGACGCGGUUCCCCCGGGCCGACCUCGGACCAUGUACCAGGACUACCCCGGGAACUUCGACACGUCCUCCAGAGGCAGCAGCGGCUCCCCGGGACAUCCCGAGAACUACUCCAGCGGCGCAGCUCAGCAGAAAUUUCGAGUAGAUAUGCCAGGAUCAGGCAGUGCUUUCAUCCCUACAAUCAACGCCAUCACAACCAGCCAGGACCUGCAGUGGAUGGUGCAGCCCACUGUCAUCACCUCCAUGUCAAGCCCUUACUCUCGCUCGCACCCGUACAGCCACCCACUGCCCCCGCUGUCUUCAGUUGCUGGACACACAGCCCUUCAGCGACCUGGUGUGAUCAAAACCAUCGGGACCACAGUGGGCCGCAGACGAAGAGAUGAGCAGCUGUCGCCUGAGGAAGAAGAGAAGCGAAGGAUCCGGAGAGAGAGGAACAAGCUGGCAGCUGCUAAGUGUCGUAACAGGCGUCGGGAGCUAACAGAGAAACUCCAGGCGGAAACUGAAGUGUUGGAGGAGGAGAAGUCGGUGCUGCAAAAGGAGAUUGCGGAGCUCCAGAAGGAGAAGGAGAAGCUGGAGUUUAUGCUGGUGGCUCACAGCCCUGUCUGCAAAAUCAGUCCUGAGGAGCGUCGGAGCCCACCAUCCAGCAGCCUCCAGAGCGUUAGGACUGGAGCAAGUGGAGCAGUGGUGGUGAAACAGGAGCCUGUGGAGGAAGAGAUCCCAUCUUCUUCUUUGGUCCUUGACAAAGCCCAGAGGUCUGUCAUUAAGCCCAUCAGUAUUGCUGGAGGCUUUUAUGGAGAAGAGGCACUCAACACUCCCAUUGUGGUAACCUCAACACCAGCCAUCACUCCUGGGUCCUCCAACUUGGUAUUCACCUACCCUAAUGUGUUGGAUCAGGAGUCUCCUCUCUCUCCAUCUGAGUCCUGCUCCAAAGCUCACCGGAGGAGCAGCAGCAGUGGUGACCAGUCCUCGGAUUCCUUGAACUCUCCCACCUUGCUGGCGUUGUAAUUCCCCUGUGGCCCCCCAUUUUGCCAGUGUGUUACAUCCCCCAUCAGAACCAUGGGGGAGCCCCCCUCCAUGGGAUUAGAGACAGGCACAGGAUUGUUCAAGCACAAGGGCAGCAAGAACAAGGAUGGGGAAGUGCUGCAGCUCCAGGAAAGAGCGAGGACCAACACCAGCUCCCUGGAGGCAGGAAACGACAAGGGUGGGACCGAUGUGCCAAGACUGCUUGGAAAGGGUGAUGUUGCCUCUGUAGGGACUGCCUAUGGAAACCUCUUCAUGGCUAUAGUGGACUUGGGGAGCACUCUUGGCCAUAAGUAAAGGAUGAUAUGCAGACAGUUGCUAGUCGUCCCUUUCCCUUGCAAAUUGAUCUGAUCAGUCAUGCUCUGUGCUUAGAUCAUUCUGGUUGAUCUUACACCUUCUCUCAUUCCCUCUCUCUCUCAUUGCACUUGUCAUUUCCAAUGUUGUCAAUCCCAUGACAUUUCAUCCAGUUGCUCUAAACUCUACAGGCUUGUUAGGAUCUUUCCUCUUGGGACAGGCUGUGGGAAGCAUGUAGGGCUGCUGAGGCAGGAGUGGGGGGAUGGCUGGGAUGCCCAAGAAAGGGGUGACCAUGGAGCUUGAGGGCUCCCUAACUCUGUCCUGGGGCACUGAGGCAGUAGAGACAGCAGGAGGCUCAUGUAGAAGUCUUUUUUUUUUAAUGUAGAUAUAUUUAUCCCCUUAGGCUCCUCUAAAAACAAGUUAGCAUCUCAGGGCCAAAGUAGAAUUGGAAAAGCUGCUAGAGUGGCACUUACCAGUGUCUGGCAGGGUUUCACCCCAGUUUAGUGGAUAUCUAAUCUGCUGCAUGUUGUUUACUUUUCCUGGGCUGCCUGCUGCAGAGAGAGUACUGCAUCUUUCUCCCCAUCAGGGCUCCUGACUCAGAGGCUGAUCUCUUCCUGUUAGUAAAUCCUCCCCUCCUCUUGGCCAUAUUUGCAGAACAUGCUACCAAGAAAGAGGUGGCAUCGUGUGCCUGUAAAUCUAGGGUGGAGACUGGCAGUGGUUAAGAGAGUGAAACUAGCUGGCUGCAUGCUUGCUGGCUUUUUCAGUGCUGGGAAACAAGCAGCACACAUCCACCGGUUGAUACUAGUGGGUGGUGUUUGCUCAAAGAUUCCCAGUUUCCAUGGUUGAGGGGAAGGCAGUGGUCCAACCUCCAGAACAGCACAAGCCACAAGGUGCUCCUGACCACAAGCAAGAAGGCACAUUGAAGUAAUGACCUUUUUGAAGUAGAACAGAGCUUCUGAUAACUUCUGGUUAUGAAUGACAAAUUGUCAGCGAAGAAAAUCGAAUGCCAUUAUUUGGACCUCAUUCUCUGGCCUCUGUUUUUUGAUUUGUUGUUUUCUGGUGGGUUUUUGGUUUUGUGUUUGGGUUUUUUUUUUCAUUUUGCAUAGUAAUUGAUCUGUUUUUAUGGGGUUCAUUACCCUGAAGACAAAAAAGAAAUCAGGGCAUUCUUUUCCUAGCCCUGAGUCUUCUCCAGCGUGUGGGUUUGGCUGCUGCUACUAAGUGCUCAGAGAGGGCACAAACUCUCCAGUGCUGAUGUUCACUACUGAAAGCAGUAAUGUGUGUAACCUAUUCCCACUUGGAUCCAAGCUCAAUUCCUGUUAAUGUCAACACACUAACAAAUCACGACCAUGUGCACGCUAGGACUGCACAGUUCUGCAGCUAAGCAACUUAAGAGACAGUUCUUUGGUUCUGCCUGUUGAAGCUGUGAUGACAGCUAUUUAUUUUGGUGUGACUUCUUUUCUUCUCUUUUUUUAAGUCAACCCAGGGUGUUUCUUGUUCAGGCUGGACCUGGAGAAAUGUGAUGUGACACAAGGCUAGUCCUGUGAGAUGAUACACUGCUGCAGUCCUCAGCAACUCCACUGAGAACUAAUAGAGUUCCAUCUUGUGGAAAUGGACCUUUACUCAGCAGGGCUGGCUUCCCUGAAACCCUGGCCACUGCCUAUUCCUUGAAUCAUUCUAAAGGGACAUGAUUUUACUUCUAAAAGUAGUCUUUGCUGUUUCCUUAUUACUAUUCUUUUGAAACCAAACCUGCCAGAAAGUGAGAAGAAUGAUCUUUUUGUUUCAUAAAGCUGAUUAAGAUUCAAGCUUUUUCUUUUAUUGCUUGAAUAUUUCCACCAUUGCAGAGGUUUCAAAUUGAGCUUAUGCAAUAAUUAACGUUGAUAAAGGAGUUCUUGUCCUUACAUGAAGAUCAAGUCUUCCUUUCUAAUAAAGCAGAUUUUAAACUGCUGUAGUUAGUACAGGGGAUCCUGUUUCCAUAGGGUUUUAUGUAGAUGCUAUUACUUUAGCUGAAACUGCUGCUUCUCUGUCUCUAAUUCACCUGAUGCUCAUUUGAGCCAAUUUGGCUUGAGAAUGUAAAACUUUUCAGUGUCUUUGCAUAUCAUUUCUAACCAUUUCUGAGCAGAAUGCAGCAUUGUCAAGCGGUGAAUCCUAAAGUGAUGCAGCUACCUCUGUGGCCAGGAGAUCAGAAGCAUUCCUUCUAUGGUUUUCACAAAGUCAGGUUCCUCCUCAAGCUUGAGUGAUCCUAACUCUUAAUGAAACAACAAAACAUACCUUUGCUUUUUGCUCACUGGAAUCAUUACCAAAAAGAGCUGUAGCUGGCCCUUGUCCACUGCCUUGUCAUUGACCUUCUCAGAGACAGGACAGUCCCCUUUCUUGUCUGAUACUAGUGGGAGCCAUGUGGAACUGCCUAGAGAAGAGGAUCAUUUUCUACUAUCUGGAAAAAGCCCCAAGUAACUUUGUGAUUGCUUGUUUUGUUCCUCUAAUCUCCCAGAGGAUGUCUGCGUUACAAUCACUGGUCUCUUCUCUAUUUUGUAGAUCAGUCUUACUUUAGUUGCUGGCAGGCAGGCACAACUUGAUCUCUGCUGUUGCUUUGGUUUGGCCCUGCAUUCUUUUCUUCAGGUUUACUGGUGUGCUUUUUGGGAACUGGCUGUCUUCCCUAUCCCAGAAAUGGUGUUUUCCAUGAGUACUCUCCACUCCAGUUUCUAAAUGUGGUGUCUCUGUGUUCUACAUGUAUUGGGGUUGCAGGAGCUGUUGUAACUAGUGUCUGACCAAGAGUUAUUGAAGUCAGUAGAAAAAGGCCUGGGGUAUUUCAGGUGGUAUUGGGUUAAUCCCCUAGUGACUGACCCAAUGAAGCCUCUAGUAACACCUUAAAUUAAUCAAUGCCAAACUGGGAGGAGCAGUAGCAGCUGCGCUGAAGGUAAUAUUCAGCUUCCAGGUGAUGUUUGCCAUUCCAGUUUUGCCCUUGUUCUUCCUUCCCCUUUCUCAGUUUGUGGUAUUGCCUUCAUCCAUUCCUUUCGUGUAGAUGUGGAGGCUGGGUAAGUCUCAGACUGCUUGUGAUGUGAUGGGAUUUGGGACCAACAUGCUGGGGACAGUGGCUCUCUGUUGUGUUUUUAUAAUUAUUAUUUAAAUAAUCUAUUUUAGUUCAUCUGAACCUUUAAUUUUGCUGCUUACUCUGUGUAGGAUCCACCUGGCCUUCAUCCUAAAUGGAAAGAAAACAAAAUGGAAACAAACCUAAUACAACCAUCCCCCCUCCUUUCCUGGUAUCUUAUUUAUUGGCAGGCAGCUGUCUUGUGCCUGCUCCAGCAGACCUGUCUGCCACUAAUUUAAAGCAUUCUCCCAACUCAAAUUCCUGGUGUUUGGUUGUUGCUUUCUUGUUUUGUUGGUUUUGGUGUUGAGUUGUUUUAAUUCUGAACCAGACUUCUGAAAUGUAAGAACUUUUAUUCUAUCACUUAGAAGUUCAUUUUCAUUAGGAAGGCCAAGUCAAACAUUUUAAGAGGUGUGUGUGGGGGAAAAUUAUCUACAUUUUAUUUCUUAUUUAUUUAUCAUGUUUACAUCCUUUUUUUUUUUUUUCCUCUCCUCUUUAAGACUUGGAUAUAAUAAAGCAUUAAAAAUACUCUUUUUUUAGGUUAAUGAUUUUUAAUUAUUCUUUAAAUAUACUGGGUUUUGUUGUUGUCUGUAUAAAAUGUAAAAAGAGAUAUGUUUCUAAAGAUGCAUUAUCAUUCCUCUGUGAACAGUAGGUGGAGUUGAGGACAGAUCUCAGAAUACAAGAUAAUAAUAAAAACCCCAUGCUGUUUUACUUCAUUGUUCCCCUCCUAUCCUGUAUGAUUAAAGGGUUAUUCCACUUUCUUGUUUUGUGGUUACUUGAUAUUAAAACCAUAUUAAAAUGUGUAGAAAAUAGAUAUCCAGUUGUUUUUUCUUUUGCUCAGUGAGAGGAUAAACUUGUAUAUAUCUUGAUAUACUGUGUAGUUCAAAGUAACAUCAGUAAGGGAUAGUGCAUCUUUAUUAGAGCGAUAAGUUACUAGUGUCACUAAAAUCUACUCUAGGAUCCUCAGAUACAGAAAGGUCCUGGUUCUGAUUCCAUUCUCCUGGGGGGCAAACUAUAAGCAUGAGUAGCAUUUCUGUGCUGCAAAGACGGUGUCGGAGGUGGAAUGGUGAAACGGAGCCUCGGUGGUUUAAUAGGCAUCCAUGAGGAUUGAUGAAGGUUUGGGGGCACCAUUAUAUAUAUAUUUUUUAUUUUUAUUUCUCCCUGAAGUUUUAGAUCAUGGCUUGCUUUUUUUUUUGUUGUUGUUGUCGUCUUUGUCUGCAGUGAUAAGGUUUCUGCCAAGGAGGUUCUUAAAGAUGACUGCUGAAUUGGGAACCUAUCUUUGCUCAUUCUUGCAGUCCUGGAGAAUUUCAGCUCUGAGGCAUUCUCUCUGGUGUUGUCUCUCUUUUUUUUCCCCCCUGUUCCUAUUUUACUGAAUUACAGGCCUACAGUAUUUGCACUAAACCAAAAAGCUUGUUAGAGAAAGCUUGCUGCUAUGAGAGAAAAAAAAAAAAGGAACAUAUUUAAAUGGUUUUGCUUUUACAAUUUUAACUGAGUAGCAUUUUGUAGAAUAAAAUUGAUUUAGACUGAAAAGAAGAAAAAAAUUACUUUUUUUUCCCUCUGCACCUUCCCCCCUGAUACUCCUUUCUUUCUCCUCCAACUCCUCAGUGGUGUGAUGUUCUCCCUUGGUGCUCAGUUGUGAUGAUUGGCUGUAUUGUUGACUAUGCUGCUGAGAGUUAUGACACUUGUAAAUCUUGUUUUAAUGACAUUGUGGACAUUUUUGUAUAGCAAGAGCUAACUGGAGUUCUUCUCUCUCUGUUAAUUGAAGUCAUUAAAAAGCUCCCUUUGCCAUGAACAA